AUGUUCUUUCCGGAUCUUUCUGCUGAAGUGAACAAACAACGAAGGCAGUUCGACGAAGUAAAGAAAAAGCUGCGAGCUAAGGGACUGAUGUAUGGAUUCAUCUUUCCAGCGCGCCUCCGAGUGACCGUUGAUGGCCAGGCUCACGUCUUUCAAAGCAAAAGGCGUUUAUGUGGUGGCUUUUCGAGACCUGGUCUAUCCACAGGGUCAGGCAUCCUCAGUAGUUUGGUCUUUCCUGAUGUCAGUACUGUCAAGCUUCCACUUACUGGCAACAACAACACAAUCAUGAGAAGAAUAUUUUCAAAGAGCAAUGGAGAUCUUCCCCGAAGUCUAGAAAUGGAUGACUCCACACUGAGCAUGGCUCCAACCAGCAGCGGCAGAGUUGACUCACCUACCAUCCUUCGCCUACAUCCAUUAUUGGCAAAACCGGCGCAUACUCAUGCCAAUCUGCCUCUCCGUUUUGGCCGUGACUCUGUACACAUGCAACGGAUGCCCAAGUCAUCUAUCAACCUACCGCAGAGGUUUGGUCGCUCAAGAACCACCAAGCCUAGCUCUGGUCUAUGGUGUACAAUGUGCCGCCGUGCUGAAAGUCCACCUUCCGCAACUCUUCCCCAGAGAUUUGGCAAGCGAAACCUUUUGAUCAGGAAUCCAGGAGCUGUGUUUGCACACACACUUCAAAUGCCACCACUUAAAGACAGGAUACAAGACCAUGACUACAUGAUUGAAAUGGUUGAAAAAGAAGAUACAGCUUUAAAUAGUAAAACAUACAUUCACUUAGAAAUCUAA